AUGAACUUUGAUUAUGCAAAUAAUACCUCAUUUUGCAUGAGUAACACUCACAUUCCAAUUCCCAUUAACAACUUUUGUUCCGCGAAUUCGUUCAGUUGCGUUGGCCUGGUUAACGCUUACAUGGAAGAAAUUAACUGUCUCAGAGACAAACGAAAGUGUCUUUGCGAAAAAAUUCAGCAACUUCAAAAUCUGAGAGAUCAAAUAAAAAACAAAGCCUGUGACACUUGCAAAGACAAUGACAUGCUGAACCAGGAGUUUGAGGAGUUGAGAUGCGAGAACAAGUGCCUCAAGUGCAAGAUCAAAGAACUGGAGGAGGAAGCUAGCUGCCUCAAGACACUGGCCGACAACAUUCGUCAGAAGUUCGCGAAUGCCGGUGGAUUCUCAUGCACCUAG